ACUACAAUUGUAUAGCAACUUAUAAUUAUCUUAGCAACCAAGAAAACGCUGAGCACUAAUUUGAAGUUAAAAUCAUAUUUUACUUUAAAAUUUAUGUGAAAAUUAUGCAGCGACACAUUACUGAACGUGCUGUUGACCUUUCAAAGUUUGGAAACCCAAGUUGGAGAAUUGAGCAGAAGUACGCGCCAGGAGUUCUUAUCGGCAACUGGUCAGAAGAAAGAUUAAAGGUAAAUUUAAAAUUAAAAGAUUCAUGAUCACGAUUUAAUUCAUUCAUUCUGACAAAUUCUGUCUCUGCAUUGUAAGUCAUAGUUAAUUCAUAGUUAUUAUUAUUAUAUUAACGUCUACGGCAUAGUGAUCGCAUAUAUAUUUGACACUAUUAUUACAUCAAAACAUUUGUUGUUCUUUUAAAAAGAAAAUAGUGUUAUCAAUGACAAUAAUAUUGUCAAUAUCGAUCAAUAAUGUUAUUAAAUAAAUGUAUUUAGUUAGCAAAUAAUGGGGAAAAAACUGAAGGGAUAUAAAAUGGUGCCUACGGAAUUUAAUUAUGUGAAAGCUUAUACUUUAAAGUCUAAACUAGAUUAAGCUGCUGCCAUGUUAAUAAAUAAGGAUAAAGACAACUGUCAGGUGACAGUUCAUAUGGCCCAAAAAUUCAUUAUGAAAUUAACUUAUUAAGUAAGUUGUUUGUUUUUUAAAAAUUAAAGUGUCUUAAUAUAAUAGUCGUAUUUUUUUUUUAAAAAUUUACGUGUCUCCAUAGUCGAAGUAAUGAACUUUAUUUUUGAAAAGAUAAUAAACAUGACAUACAUAAUGAUCAGGCUUUAAAAUUCUAUCAACUCUUUACUAUAAUAUAAAAUAAAUAUACUACAUUGAUUAAAUUUUUAUUAUUUUUUUCUUCCUUCUUUAACAUUCCUCCUUUUAUAUUACAAUUUAUAAUUAAAGAAAAAAUCAGUAAUUACUAGAGAAAAAAAAUAAAGACAUCACCUUAAUGAAUUAGUUCAAAUAUUUUUAAUAUAAGUGUUCAUUUUUUAAAAAAAUAGAUCAAGAUUAACAAUAAAAUUUAAAUAUCUUCUGUAAUGGAUCCUCUUUUAAUAAAUGAACAUUUCUGAUAUUUUGACUACCGGUAUUGAUUUUUAGUUUCCAGAUGAAAAAUACAAACACAACACCACUCAUCGCAUAGACUUUAAAAGCUAUGGAGAAUUUCACCCAGAUGUUACUGUUCGAAGAAAAGCUGUCCUGAACAGUGAAGGUUUACCGGGGGACUUGUUUUUUCGUCACCAUGGGAAGGCUUAUGAUGAUAUGCUCAUAACCAUGUAUGAUGAACAUUACAAUGGGCGUUGGCGGGAAAACUGUUUACCUGCACUGAGGAAAUGGGAUAGUCAAACCUUGAGCUGGCUACCAGAAAGAUCAGAUUAUCCUCUUAGAGGUAAGAAAAUUGUAGUCAAUUUUUAUAUCAUACUUAACUGGCUAAAUGUUUUUAAAUCACUUACGUAAAUAAGAUCAUUUAAACUCAUUACAGUUUUCCCCUCGGGUCUCCAUAAUAUUUCGAAUCUUUCUAUUGACCAAUAUAAGUGACACUUUGUAUAUAUAGCAAAAAAUGUAUAGGUUAGAUCUUUUAAGAAUUGUCAAAACUUUUCUGAUGAUAGGCAAGAUUUAAUCAUUGUUUUUCUUGUUUGCAAUGGGGCUAGUGUGAAACUGCAUGAAGCCCUUAAGACAUUUUUUUUUUUUUAAAUGUUUAGCUAACAAACUACUUAGAAUGUAGUGCAGUGAUAAACUUUUUACAGUCUCUUUUUCUACUAUAAACUUAUAAUUAGGUUCUUAAACAAACAAUAAAGUCAGUUAAGUUUAUUUUAACAAUUAAAGUAAUAGCAGGUUCAAUAUGUCUGUGAUGCUAUCCUAUUGUCUUGAUAACAAAGAGGGCUCCUUAUUUUAUUAACAAAUUAACAUGACUCCCUAAUGGUAUCAUCAAGGAUGAGUGCAUGAAAAUGUUUUCAAAAUUAUUUUAGGAUUAUAUGGAUAUUUCUUAACAAGUUUUAUUUUUAAUAACAAUCCAGGCCCACCAACAAAUUUUGGACUAAAACAAGAAAAGGAGGCUAAAGCCUUAGCUAAGCAAAAGGAGCUGGACCAUCCAGAUUUUGAAUCCACUUACAUGGGUGCUUACAGAGACAAGCCUGUUGAUGCCAUGCGCUUUACCCGCUUUGCAACACCCAAACAUUUAUCAACAACUCUUCUCCCUUCCAACAAUGUUAACAACAAUCUUCACUUUCGUGGAAAACCAAUUCUGAGAAUGCCUGAAGUAAUGCCUCAGGAACUGACUCAGAUUUCUGUAUAGGAUCUAAAACAAAACAUUGAAUUUUUUUCGUUUAAUCUAUUAAUUAAUGCUGAAUCCUCUAUAAAUGAACUUUUAAUUUAUAAGGCAAUAAAUUGAAAAUUUGGGGAAUGAAAACAUUACAUUUUCUAGUACUUCUGUGGGAAGAAAGCAAUGUGAGUCAAUUAGAAAACUUGCUUUAAAAAUAUAUACAUAUAUUAAAUAUUAUAUUUAGAUAAUGAUACUAGCCUUUUUAAACAAGAACUUUUUUGCAGCAGAUUUCAGCAACAAAACAAAAUAAUAUUUAAACUUUUGUGAAACGUACUAAGGAAUUUACUACAUCUUUAUGAAGCUUAAACAAUAUUAAGUAGGCCUAUUACUGAAGUAACAUUUAUAAAUGCAUGGUUACAGCAUUAAGUUGUGAUCUUUUUUAUACUGUAGUAGUUGUAUUUUUACAUUUAAAAAUGGAAAAACAAUGUCAUCAUCUUGGCAAGAGGAGACCGCUGAUCCAGAUUUAGUGUUGUAGAUCCUGGAAGUUACCUCUUAAUUGAACAAAUAACUAAAAAAAAUGUAUAGAAAAUUAUUAAGUUUAAGUUUAUUUUAUUAAUUUGACCUUUACCAUUUAACACAAUUUGUAAAAAAAAAAAAUGUCUUUUAUAGAUGAGAUCAUGGUUUAUUAUUUACAUUGCUAAUGUCUAUGAUGCAAUCUUUUUUAGAUAUCAAAAUUAUAUGUACAGUGUAAAUUAUCCUUCAUUAAACCAUGUUGUACAAAAUAUAUAAAUAUUAUUAUUAUAUUUUUAUCUUGUUAAUUUUUCCAAGACUUUGUUGUUAAACUUUAACAUUUGAAUUUUUUAAAAAUUUAUAUAAACAAAUGUUUGCUGUUUUUUUAAAUAUUUUUAAUACAUAUUUUAAGCCUUGUCAAUUAAAGAUUAAAAGUUAUCUUAAGCCUUGUCAAAUAAAGAUUCAAAGUUACUUUAAUUUUAACCCACGAACUGUGGUCAGCCGAAAAAAAUCGGCAGACUUUCUCGUUCUGUAUUGAAGCGGCCGAUAAAAAACCUAGUCCGAUUGUAACUUCCAAUCCAAUAUUUAACCGGAAUUAUAGCCACUUCCUUUUAUUAAUAAUUAAAUCAUCCUCCAGUCCAGGCUGUUUCUUGAUAACUUAAAAAUAAAUACAUUUUAAUCAGAGUUUUAUAUUGCUGUUUUUUUAAAAGCUAAAAUGGUUGAAGCUAUGGCUGGGCCUUCAGUGCAAGAACUAAUAGAAAUAUGUUUGAAAGCUUUUUAGGAGAGGUUUUAAGUGAUACUGAUGAUGAUUUUAACAUUCCCCAUGACGAUAUCAGUUGAGAUUAUUCUUCUCAUGAAUUUUAUACUAGUUCUGGUGAUACUGAAGUAGGCCUACUGAGGCUACUGUUAGACUUUGAGCCAGGCCCGGAGGUUGGGCAAGGACUGACUGAAUUUUAGUCACAGAAGCUACAGAUUAUAGUUAAACAACCCAAAUCAGUUCCACAGUUCCUUUUUAAAUGUUUACUAGUCAAUAAUAACUAUAUAUAUUGCCUAAGAUUUUUUAUUUUGUACUUGGUUUUAGCAAUGGUCCCAGUUUCUUAUAUAAAUGACCUAAAACUUACUUUCAGAGGUUUAAUUGCAAUCAAAACCUUAGCAAACUAUAAAUUUUCUGAAAGAUAAAUGAAUUGGCUACAACAUUUAGAUUUGUGUUUUAAGUGUAUCUAUAAAAAUUAAUGUUAUUAGUUAUGAGCACCCGAAAGCAAGACUUUUUGUUGAUUUUUUUUCCUUGAGAACUCCAAGCUCAAGGACACUGAGCAAAAUUUUUUUACAGGGUGGGCAUUAUGGCCAACUUUAUCCCUAUCCAUUUACCUUUCUAAAAAUAUAUACUUAUUGGGGUCUUGUAUCAAUAUUUCUAUGUCAUUUAAUGCAAUUUCAAAUGACACUCAAAACUCUCUGAAAAGCUCCACACCACAGAAUAAUGCAUGCCGCAGUUAGUGGGUUAAGCUAUGUCAAAUAAAGAUUCAAAGUUAUUUUAAGCCUUGUCAAAUAAAGAUUCAAAGUUAUUUUAAGCCUUGUCAAAUAAAGAUUCAAAGUUAGUUUAAUUUCAAGCCUUGUCAAAUAAAUAUUAAAAGUUCAUUUUAAUUUUAAGCCUUGUCAAAUAAAGAUUCAAGUUAUUUUAACCCUUGUCAAAUAAAGAUUCAAAGAUAUUUUAAGCCUUGUCAAGUAAAGAUUCAAAUUUAUUUUAAGCCUAUAACAGUACCUUUAAUUCACCUACUCCUUAAACAUCUGCUUUUGGCUCAAUUUAAUCAAGUAGCUUAUUCUGCCUUACAGACUUUUCUUGUACCAUAAUUUAAAUUCAGCACUUGAACUGAUUUGCUUCACUCCCUCAUUGUUAAGAUAAUAAUGUGACUAAGUAUAAUGUUGCUGUGACUGUGACUCUCUGAAUGCCCAAGUUUAGUUUUCCGAAUUUUACAGCUGACACUAAAAACAUAAUUUUUGCAAAUUUGGUUUAAACUUCACGCUGCUUACAUAUGUUGUAUAAAAUAAUGUUAGUUAUAGUCAUAUUGAAAUUAAAAAAACAUCUCAUAUUUUAUGGUGAAAGUUUAAAAUUUUGAAAAUUCUCAACAUGUCAGUCAAUAAUUUGACUUAAUGUCCC